GAGAGGCAGGGAGGUGGAAACAGGAAUCGGCAGCAGCAUCAGCGUGUGAACGUGCACAGGGAGAGGGGUAGAGAGAGAGAGAGAGAGACGGCGCUAGACAGGGAGGCGUAGAGUAUAGAGGACAGUUGGCUGCACUGCUCGCUCCUCAAAUGCAGACGGAGGUGGAGAGAAGAGGAGGAUGAGAGAGCGCGCGGGGGUAGGAGAGCAGAACAAAGGCAGUUCGCCCGGGCCGUUCGUCCCAGUGUUCCAGAGGACAGAGAGGGAAGAGCAGGGAUCCGCACGUGAACGAGAGAGGAAGCAGAACCUGACCAUGACUUUGUAAUUUUAUCCAGUCAAUGGAUAAAAGCGAGACCACGUUUUUCCUCUCCAAGGGAGGGGACUGAGCGAGAGAUCGAGGAAGAGAGAGAGAGAUGGAGCGAGACGAGGAGCUUAAUGGCUCUAUUCAAAUUUAAUACUAAUAUGAGCAAGGGAGACCUUUUUACCACGUUGCUGAAGAUAAUCAUGCAGUCUUUUUGUAUUUGUCUUUGUUUUGAUUGACAGACUGAUGGACUGACAUUUUGCCUUUACUUUUUUCUCAACCGUCAGAAGUGAUUAGAACUAAAGUGAGGAAACACAGAUGUCAAAUGUUCUGUUGUCUGACCAGGAAUCACACUGAGUUUUUAUAGGUGUCAUUUAAUAGUUGUAUAUGCAGAAAACAAUCAGGUUCCUCAUAUGCAAACUUUGUGGGUUAAUUAAUGAAAUCUGUUCUCAGAGACUUUCUUUGGCGUUGCGAAUAGGACGGGUGCUCUUGGCAGAAGUCCUUUUUUCAAAUGAUUUGUUUUUAUCCGGAAGCGUGCAUGUGUAUCUGCAAGGUCUUGAGCAAUAUUUUAUUUCCUCAUUGGCCUGGUGCGAUAACAAUGCUUUGUAUAGGAGUGAAUCUUUGUAUCUUUGCUUCUAUACAGUGACGCUGUCCUCGUUGAGAUGUCAACAUUGAUUAGCUUUAUGGCAGUGGAGGCGAUAGCAGAACUUUGCUGUCUCGUGGCGGCAGGAUCAGCAGACUAUUGAUUCUCAGCAAGACUCUCACUGAGCCUUUGUUCCAUUAACAAGUCAAAGUCUCUAAGCUCAUUCUGAUUGGCCAAGAGUAGAGCCAACAGGUUUUGUGUUGGUGGAACUCAUUGCCUUUUGUUUGGGUUCCUUCAAGAUUCCGUCUGGCAGGAUUCUGCUCCGCAGUCUAUCGCCAUGGCAACAACCCGGCUACCACGAAGUUCUACUUUUUUCUACGUUUCGUAACUUGUCAUAAAUUUAACUUUCGAGGUCGCUCUCCCUUCACGCAACUUAGGUAAGAGCCUUCAAGCCAAGCCAGGUUUCAAGGUGCUCUUUUUCUUCUCUUUUUUUCUGUCUACAAUCUUUAUAUGCUUUGUACAGUUUACCAGUUCACGUCUGUCAUCUCUGGCAAUUAAAAGGACUAUACUGACCAAAUGAGCACAGCUUAUUCACUGUCAGGAUUUACUUUCACAUCAUCUGUCCCACUGGAUCAUCAAUCGUCAUAGAGAAAUGUCUUUUUGUCUGAGAUCAUCACAUACAGAUUCUGUGAUGUGUAUGCUUGAUAGGUUCAGGAUGUGUAGUUAAACUCAGGGUUUGCCUCCUCUGUGGAGUGCCAGCCAUACCGUGCUAUUUUUCAUGUCACAGCAAACAUUCUAGCAGAGGUUUGUGUAGAUUAACAAACUUGGCUGCUUAUUAACUGAACGUCCACAGGCCUGAAACAGACCUGUAAACUGCUUGUUUGCCAGUGAUCCCGUCCAACAGAUGUUAUUCCAUCCAUAAUUCUGGAACAUUUCACUUGCAUUCUUUGAGUAACAUUUUAUACAGAUACUUGUUACCUCUUACUUGCCUUUGGUUUGACAGCAUGUAUACUGGAACUCCAUGUUCAUAGUCAAACGGCAGCCACAGUGAGCUAAUUAACUCGCACGACAUCCUGGAACGAACCAUCCUAUCCAAACAGGGAUUCUGCCAUAUUCUUGAUGAACAGGUGCUACAUCUGAGCUGUCACGGUUUGACUGUGCUCAAGGCUUGGUUCGCCGUACUGUUACUAAGUGUUUUGUAAUGUUCUCGUUGGGUUUUCUACCCCUUUUGCACUGUUAUUUCCCGAACACUGUGCUCUAUGUGUGCCAUGAUGCAUUAGUCGCAACUCUGAGAACUGUUUGUCGCUGAUGUUUGAAUGCCUUUUGAUUGCACUUGUCAUUUCUUAAGUGGACGGCAUGCAGGUACAGCUCACACUCCAGAACUACUUCACUGGUUCAUAUUCUGUGCCAUGUCCUUAUACUCACUGGUGUAUUUUAUCUAUUGCACUUACCAGACCUCGUCGGAGCUGCACUGAAAAGACACUACUUAUCAAGGAGCUGUUAAACUUUAUUACGCUUCAUAGCAGCUUUUGAGAUCUGCCCUAGUGUAAAAGGGUGUACAUCUUAUGUCUGUACAGCAGUGGACGUGAUGGGUCUCUGCUAUGACUGCCUGUCACGUUUAUUACUUUGCUAAUUGGCUUUGCUCUGAGUUUUCCGAGUAUAGCCAUCGGUGCUGUGUGAGAGCAGUCUGAUUAACAUCUCGUUGAUUUAUCUGAUGAUUAAAGCAGCUGCUCAACACUUCUCUGUGCUGACGGAAAAAACAAAUAUGCAGCGGAAGCCUCUGAGGACGAGGGUCGAACGAGUGAGUCUGUCCUCCUGCCAACAGAGUUCCGAAGUGUGGAUACUGUUACAGUGACUGAAAGUGCUUUCGAGAUUAUGGUAAUAUAUGUGGUUGGAUUUGAUCAUACUGCUAAGACUGUUCUCUGGGAGCGCCGUUCUAGACUGUUCAGAACCGUUUGCAGUUAAAGACUGUUUCUUCUCUGGAUAAAGCUUUGUCAAUGCUCAAGUAAUGGACAAGUCAAGCUGCUUUUGGGGGUAGCUUUUCUCUCAGGAAACUGAUUUAUUAAGACCUGCUUCAUCUGAUGGGACUGUUCCUCGGGUUCAAGGUGUCAUUUAGAGUAAUGAGGGAGUGAUUGAUUUUCCAGUCAGCCUCUAAUGAGUCUCUCUCGUUUGAGAUCUCUGAGGGUGGAACUUCAGAUGGGGCCAAUCAGGUCUCAUUAUCGUUAGGCUGACAAGCCAAUGUUUGUCAUUCCCGUGGGAACACAGUCGUUAUAGAGUUGGUCUGUUUAUCACUCUAAAAUGUUAUUACAGCGCAUGACACUAUUUGGCCUAGUUCUCAUUGUGCAAGAUUAUCUCUGGGCCUCACUUAUUCAACUUAAAACCAACUAGGCAAGAAGUUCCUCUAAUGGUGCUCAAAGUUACAUCUUUUCUAUAGGCACAUUUUCACCUUAUUUCUAGACCGUUAACAGAACCUUUUCAGGGCUCAGUUCACCUUUUUUCUAGAUUUACCACAUUUCUAUAUGCAUGUGUAUUUGUGUUAACAACCUACUGAUGUACUCUUAAGGUUUGUUACAGUUGGACAGUUAGCAGUUAGUAUUUGGUUAUUCCCUAGCUGUUGAUUCUGAGUUCCUUAUCUGAAAGAACGCCAAGGAGCGAUCAGGAAAGUGAACUGAGAGGAAGAACGGACAAAGAGGCAGCCUGGAGAACGGGAGAGAAGACGUGGGAGGGGGAGCGGGGGAGAGAGAGAUCAUCUGGAAGAAGAGAGCGAGCGUGAUCGAGAGAGAACGGGAGAGGGAGAGGGAGCGGGAGCGGGAGGAGGAGGAGAGAAGGAACAGGGCCCAGUACACUGUCUGGAGGCUUAGGGACGGAUUCCAGGAGAGGCGGGAUAGAGAGGGCGAUCGAGGCAAGGGACAGAGCGCCGAAGGAGGGAGGGAAGCUCAGCCGGAGGUGAUUUGGAAGAGGAGGGAGGAGGAGGAGGAGAAAGAGAGGGAGAGGAUACAGCUGGAGGACAGGGGACCCAGAAUCAUUUGGAGGAAGAAAGAAAGGGAGUGAAAGAGAAGGGAGAAGGCAUGAUUACAGUGCAAGAAAAGGGAAAAAGUCGGCUGAGUGAGUUUGGUCCAGAUCAGACUUGGUGCUUUCUGCGGUCUUGAUCUGGGCCUGUUUUUCCUUUCCGACUGUAUCUGCUCAUGACUAGGACAGCUUGGACUUAAGCUCUUAAGGUUGCAUCAAGACAAUUUAGUAUUUAGUCAUCUGUGUAGUUUUGUGAUCAGGUCCUACUGAUCCAUGUUCUUGUCGUGUGGAGGCUGAUGUUUCAUCUAAUCCUCCCUCAGUAGAGCAGCUCUGUUUUUCGUUAAGUGAUCAGCGUCCACUGGUUCAGUGCUCUCCAUCCAUUUUCUCUCUCUUUCCCUCUCCUUUCUAUAUUGAUCUGUCUGUCCGCUGGAAGCCUCUUCUCUUAGUCUCAGCUGCAGCUAAUAGGCUUUUUAUGGGACGCUGUCGGACAAGAACUACUAGAGUGGAGUCCAGCACACGCAAACGGAAACACACAUACAAGCUCUAAAUAUCAAAGAUUUCAUUGUGCUUUGUCUCUCGGUGACAUGAACUUUUUAAGGCAAAUAAUACAUACCGACAAACAGGUACUUAGACGACAAUCAUUCUGAGAUAUUUGAGUAGAGCAUAUGGUGCUCUUUAAUGAUGCUAACAUAAGGUGUUAACCACAGUUAUCUCUAUGCAGGUUAAGAUCUGAUGCAAGCAACCUCACACAGCCAUUAAAGUACACUGUGUGACAACACGCUAAUGUCAAAGUCUGUAUGAUCUGGAAUUUAACAAGAGAUUCCAUUUUCUUUUACACUCUCACUCUUGCUCUCUCUCUCUUCCUCUCUCUCUCCGCUGUCUCAACUUUUUUGCUUUCCUCUGAUGCUCAUGAACCGAGCUGUCACUGCACUAUCAUCUCUCCGGUCUAACGAUGAAGGGAUCAGUAGACGGAGAGAGCCAGAGGAGUGGAACAGAAAAAAGAAGACCGGUUUGUGACUUUUUUGAAAGAGACACUUGGAGAGACCAUAAGAGUAUAUAAAGCAUAUUCAUUUCAGCUUGAUGGACACAUCAAAAUGGAGCUCGUCCCCAAAACGAAAUACGCUCCAUUCAGGAGCGACUCUUUUAGCUCAACGGACGAGACGGUCUCCAAUCAGUCUCUCCCUUCCUCUGCUCCUCUCACCCCCCUCACUCCUCCGGGCAUCUCUUCUUCUCUCUCCUCCUCUUCCCUCGCCCCCAUCCUCCCGCCCGCCUCUUCUCCGCGGGCGGUGGAGAACAGCCCCACCACGCUGUGCUCUUUUUUCCCCAGGAUGGGGUCCCUGCGGCUGGGAAUGUCAGCCACUCUGCUGCCCGGUCUGAAGGCCGCCAACCGGUCUGAGCAGGACACCGGGGACCGUGAGAUGCAGGAUGCCUUUGCCACCUCUUCUGAUCCUCCUCUUCCCUCUCUAACUGCUCCCUCUCCCCCUCCUCGCCCCCCACAGGAUAUGAACCGGCUGGGUGGGGCAUCGCGCAGGGCCCGGGUGGAAGGGGGCCAGCUGGGUGGAGAUGAGUGGACGCGCCACGGCUCCUUCGUCAACAAGCCCACCCGAGGAUGGCUGCACUCAGACAGCGUGGUCAGCACGACUGGGGUCUCCUACACCGUCAGGUACAUGGGCUGUGUGGAGGUCCUGCAGUCAAUGAGAGCACUGGACUUCAACACCAGAACUCAGGUUACCAGGGAGGCCAUAUCAGUGGUGUGUGAGGCAGUACCAGGUGCCAAAGGAGCUCAACGCAGGAGGAAGCCCUCUUCUCGUUGUCUCUCCUCUAUCUUAGGAAAGAGUAACCUUCAGUUUGCUGGAAUGACAAUCAGCCUCACUGUGUCGACUAGCAGCCUAAACCUACUGGCAACCGAUUGCAAACAGAUUAUUGCCAACCAUCACAUGCAGUCCAUCUCUUUUGCGUCAGGAGGAGAUCCAGAUACAGCGGAAUAUGUAGCCUACGUAGCCAAAGACCCUGUCAACCAGAGAGCGUGUCACAUCCUGGAGUGUUCAGAGGGUUUGGCUCAGGAGGUGAUCAGUACCAUCGGCCAGGCUUUCGAGCUGCGCUUUAAACAGUAUCUGAAGAACCCACCUAAACUCGUCACCCCCCAUGACAGGAUGGCCCCGUUUGACGGGUCAGCAUGGGAGGAAGAGGAAGAGGACUUGGCCCAACCCCCAGAUGUUCCGUACUAUAAUAACUUCCCCGGGAAACAGCCUCCCCCGGGAGGCCUGGUGGACAUGAGGACACGUCCUGGACACAGCACAGGAGCCACGCUGCCUUAUGGACAGCCUGGAAUGAAUGAUAUCCAUAAGCAGCCUCUGCCUCCACUACCAGUCGGGGUAAAGGAAGGUGGCCUGUUUGACGAUCCCUCCUACGUUAAUGUCGAUAAACCCCGCCCCUCAGUGGCUUCAGCCAAUGGCAAUGCUCACAGAGAUGCUUUUGACAUGAAGCCAUUUGAUGAUGCUCUUGGGGUACCGGCAACAGUGGCACCCCCUCUGGCGGAGCAGCUGCAGAAUGAGCCCUGGUUCCAUGGCCCCCUGAGCCGCAAGCAUGCAGAGAGGUUGCUGAGCAAAGACGGAGACUUCUUGGUUCGGGAGUCUGGCACGACGCCGGGGCAGUACGUGCUCACGGGGCAGCAAGGUGGCCAGCCCAAGCACCUGUUGUUGGUGGAUCCAGAAGGAGUGGUGCGUACCAAAGACCACCGCUUCGAGAGCGUCAGUCACCUGAUCAGUUACCACAUGGACAACCGCCUGCCAAUUGUCUCUGCAGGAAGCGAGGUGUGUCUACAGCAGCCGGUGGAGCGCAGAGCCUAAAGGGGAGAGUCAUGCCCCUUCAAGUGUCCGACACGCCCCAUUCUUCUGGCAUUCUGUCUGCAGAGAUGACUCCUUCCUUUUCCUUCUCUGACACUUUUAACGCAAACUCUUCCAGAGAAUGGCUUUCUUACAGGGAGGGUGAGCAAAUAAUUGCCUCAAAGGAAAAAAAUGGAACACUGAGCUUUGUACUUUGUCCUCAAUCUAUAAUGAGACUUUAAAGUGAUGCAGUCAUUGUACUCAAGGACCAACAGAGGUUCACACCAAUUGAAUCAGGCUUUAAGAAAAUGCAAGAUUCCAAUGGAGAAAAAAAAGCCAAAAAAAAAAAAAAAAAGCCAACAAAACUGGUGUAGAAUUUAAUGUGUCGUCAACAUUGUCCUGAGUUAGGACUGAAGUGCAGCUGUUAGCACAGCAGCAAGCCUGGGCAUUCUUGGAGUCAUGUUAUAUGACUCAGGUGAACAGAACUGUCCCUGUGUAGCACUCCAAAGAUUGAGACUUCGCAUCCAGUGACUUGGUGAAUUUUUCUCUGAUCUUGUUCAACCAAGGCUAGAUCCCAGUUAGACAGGCAUACUCAUUCUUGGGAUUUUGGAUGGGUAAUUGAAACUCCUUCAGCCUCCUUAUUCAACAGAUCACUCUGCGCAGCCUACAGAAUUCCUACUGGCAUACCAUUCAUCUGUUCUAUCAGUUCCUCUAGUGGUCCCUUUUCCAAACUCCCUUUUGGGAAUAUUAGAAACACUCCCUGAACUUCGCAGCCCUUGAUGUGAAAAGGAAGUUAAUGUCAGGUGAUGUUGCAGAUGGAAUAAACAGAAGCUGAAGUAGCCUCUUCAUAGACUCAUAACAGUUUCCCCGGCCCUGGAGGAGGAACAUGACUAAAAGAAACACAACGGACGUCCAUCACCUCACAGCUCGGCUGAUCUCAGGAGACCAGAGGGAAAACGACUGUAUAUGCAGUUGCGCCAAGCAUUAUGACUCAAAAAGGGGGAAAAAAAACUAAAUCCGGCUUCUCUAUAAUGUCACCUAAAAGGGGAAUUCGCAUUCUAUCGUGAUGUCAUCUUUUAGAGCGACCUGACGUCAUCAACCGGCUUUAUUCUUGUCGCAUAUGUUCUCUUACUGUAUAUUUCUGUAAAUUUGUUUUCUUUUUUUCUGUGGAUCGUUUUAUUUUUCAGUUUGCAUCGACAAUCUUGUCUCCAUGUGUGCUGGAGUCUGGACUGCUUAAGAAGAUGGAAGCGUGCAAUGAUGCUCAUACAAAUGACGUUAUGUUCGAAUAUAAUGCACACAUCUGAAGCAGAGUAGCAUUAAGAGUCUAUAAAACGUCGAGCGCCUUCACACUAUAGUAUACUCGUCUGGGAAAGGAACAGACACUCCAAGUGAAUUCCGGGGAUUGUGGUCAUUUCGGGCGAGGUCGCCUACAAUAUGCAGUUUUUACGAACGCCACACAAGAGUGGUGAAAGGACACAGAGUUUCUCCUUCCUUUGCUUUUUUUCACGGUUUUCUGUUCCUGUAUGAAUUGUGCCUUUUUACUCAACACAGCCACACUGGUAGAUCUCAGUAGUCUUGUGUUUUGAAGAAGAAGGAAAAAAAAAAAGAAACGGGGGGGGGGAAAUAAAAAA